ACGGAAGAACCGUUGAAUUUCGAGGUCGAGAGUUACAAAUGAAGACGUUAAAAUAUUUGUAAAUAAUGUCAGGUUAGCUUGUUGUGAACGUCAGAGGACUUCUGUUAUGAUGUGGCGUUGAUAUCAGCGAUGUUUACUGUGCAGCCUGAUAGGUCUCUCUAAGGGUAGCCAGUAACUGGAGCGUGUAGACUUCAGCUGCCUAAAUAUUAGGCAGGAAAAUACGAAAUAACAAAUUUCUUCACCUUGGUUGUGGCUGGCGGCAAGCCAAUAAUUGACUCUGGAGCAGGACACGGAGGAUAGUAUGGCCAUGACGGGAGGGACUGCAGCUGCCCUUCCCAUGAGCAACCACACCCGAGAGAGGGUGACUGUGGCCAAGCUGACACUGGAAAACUUCUACAGCACUCUGCUCACCCAGCACGAGGAGCGCGAGAUGAGGCAGAAAAAGUUGGAGAAGGCAAUGGAAGAGGAGGGUUUACCAGACGAGGAGAAAGUGAUGCGACGCUCCCAGCAUGCCCGUAAGGAGACCGAGUUCCUGCGACUGAAGAGGACGCGGCUGGGCUUGGAUGACUUUGAGUCCCUUAAAGUUAUUGGACGAGGAGCUUUUGGAGAGGUGCGUUUGGUGCAGAAAAAAGACACGGGGCACAUUUACGCCAUGAAGAUUUUGAGAAAAGCAGACAUGCUGGAAAAGGAACAGGUCGCUCAUAUCCGGGCUGAGAGGGAUAUUCUGGUGGAGGCAGAUGGCGCCUGGGUGGUCAAAAUGUUCUACAGCUUCCAGGACAAGAGGAACCUCUACCUUAUCAUGGAGUUCCUGCCUGGAGGCGACAUGAUGACCCUGCUGAUGAAGAAGGACACUCUGUCUGAAGAGGCCACCCAGUUCUACAUUGCAGAGACGGUUUUGGCCAUCGACUCCAUCCACCAGUUGGGCUUCAUCCACAGAGACAUCAAACCUGACAAUCUGCUGCUGGACUCCAGAGGACACGUGAAGCUGUCAGAUUUCGGCCUGUGUACGGGACUGAAAAAGGCUCAUCGCACAGAAUUUUACAGGAACCUGACGCACAACCCACCCAGUGAUUUCUCUUUUCAAAAUAUGAACUCCAAGAGGAAAGCAGAAACCUGGAAGAAGAACCGGCGGCAGCUGGCUUAUUCCACUGUGGGAACGCCUGACUACAUCGCCCCUGAGGUCUUCAUGCAGACGGGAUACAACAAGCUGUGUGACUGGUGGUCUCUGGGCGUCAUCAUGUAUGAAAUGCUCAUCGGUUAUCCACCGUUCUGCUCGGAGACGCCGCAGGAGACAUACAGGAAGGUGAUGAACUGGAAGGAAACGCUCGUCUUUCCACCUGAGGUCCCCAUCUCAGAGAGGGCCAAAGACUUGAUAUUAAGGUAUUGCACUGAUGCUGAGAACAGGAUUGGAGCUGUCAGCGUGGAGGAGAUCAAGAGUCAUCAGUUCUUCGAGUCAGUGGACUGGGAGCAUAUCAGGGAGCGGCCGGCAGCCAUCUCCAUUGAAAUCAAGAGCAUUGACGACACCUCCAACUUUGAUGACUUCCCUGAAUCAGACAUCCUUCAGCCAGCCAAUGCGACAGAGCCAGACUUCAAGUCGAAGGACUGGGUGUUCCUCAACUACACGUACAAACGCUUCGAGGGUCUGACUCAGCGAGGCACCAUCCCCACAUACAUGAAGGCAGGGAAGGCCUGACAGUGUUGUGGAGGGAAAAAAAACAGACGUUUACGGACACAGGGUCGGGCCCUGGAGCCCCGCUGGUGCUGAAGGCUGAACUGUCAGCCUCUCAGUCUAAAUUUAACCCUCAUCAAAAUUUAUUUAGGUCUGCUCAGCCGCCGCAAGAACGCCAAGAGCUCGGAAAUUAAGGAGCAUUACCGCAUUACCUCGGUUGUUUAUAUCGUAUACAUGUGCUGUCUUUAGCCAUAGCUCUCAGGCCAGCUCACUAACUAGAACACUAAAUCAGCAUAUCUGCAUGUUCAGCGGCAUAUUGCUUCUGGAGAGGUUUUUUUUUUUUUUUUUACGGCCUAAAGGUGACGGUGGGAAUGAGGCCUGAGUACAAAUCACUGCUUUGACAUCUUUGCAUCGAUAAGUUUCAACACUGGUGGCUCAUUUAACUCUAAUGCAAAGAAUUCUUGAUACUGGAGACGUGCUCUAUACACUGUAGUGAAACUCUGGUUCACUGGUAAGAGGAGGAGCCCCUCACUUGUUCUCACCCAGACUCUGAUCAUGGAUUUAAAGGAAAGUUCCAGCACGAUUUCUAGCGUAAAAAAUUGAACUCAGAGUUCAGAUUUCUUUUUAACUGGCAGCAGCUCUUUGUUUUGGUUUAUCUGUUGGUUUGACUGAGUUGUGAUUGACAGGAGGUGGAACCUGACGCAACCUCAGCACCGGCUAUUCUUUAUGUCAGAAGAGACAACUUAGAGCUAAAUGGAGAUACUGGUAGUGUGAUUUCUUCCUGAUUUCCUUUUUUAUUUGGAAAAUGCUAUUAGAUCCCAGUGACAGCUCAGGGUGGUCUGAGACAGUGGUAGGAGGUUGUAGGAGUGUGUAGAAUGACAGAAUUGUUGGUAUAUGUUUUUGAGUUAAAAGAACAAGGCUUGUAGCUUUCUUCAACAUGUUAGCAGUGUGGCUGGUAGCGUCGGUCCAGACUGAAAUAUCUCAACUACUGGAUGGAUUGUCAUGAAAUCUGAUACCAACAUUCACGAUCCUCUCAGGAUGAAUCGUGAUCCCUUAUGAUCCCUUAACUUUUCACCUGCCACCUAAUACCUCUAAAACUAAUGGCAUUCAGCCUCGACUGUACCUUGUUAAUUUGCUAAUGUACUAAUUAGCAAGUGUUAGCAAGCUAUUACACUAAACAUUAGCGUGUUACCAUUGUCAUUGUGAGCGUGUUGGCAUUGAGCUGAAAGCACCACUGUGUCUCGGUGCAGCCUCACUGAGCUGCUAGCGUGGCUGUAGACUCUUAGUCUUGUUAGCUUGUGUUGGGUGUAAUAGCACAUUUAUAUAAAAAAAAAGUGACUGGGAAUUAUUUCAAAUGUGAAAGAUUUUAUCCAGUUAGGAUAUAAAAUAUGAAACAAAUGAGUAAAAACUCAAAUCAUGCUGGAAUCCUCCUUUAAACCUCAUGGUGGUGACACACAGUGCAACUUUGUGUCAACCCUCCCUGCAGCAUUGCUUCAGCACUGCUACUUUUCUCACACAGAGGAACAAGUUGUUGCCAAGAAACAUGUGAAUGCAGUUUACCCUGCACCCGACAUCCGUUACAGCGGAGUGUUGCCCAUUCUCAUUGCCAGACAGACUGCACAGUGUGUCACUUCCCUUUAGAGCCAGUGGUUUUGUUUAGAUCAGUGCUACAGUAGUUGAUAUUUCCCCUGAUUUUUAAUUCUGAUCAGUCCAACAAGCCAAUCGCUUCCUUCUUAGAUGAACAAAACAUGCAAAGUGCCUUUUAAACAGCUGAUAAUUAUUUAACCAGAUCUCACAGAUGUUUUCAGAGAUUAAUCAGAGGGAUAUUAAUUACAAUUAGAAACUAUAGUACAGGUGUUUGAGGGAAGAAAAAACAGAAAGAGAAAGGGAAAAAUGAUUCUUACUAGUUCAGCUAUAUAACUCAACUUGUGGGAAACCAUUGAUUGACUCUGUAAGGACACACAAAGGCCUGAUGUGUCAGUUGUAUUUAUUAUGUCUGCAGAGUGAUAAAACUGAUAAAACAGACUGAUGAAACAAAGGCAGUAUAGUAAAGCAGGUUGGUUAAUAAAACAAGAGGCUCAUAAAAUGCAUCAAAGCAAACACGGUGAACAAAGUGUCUUUGUUUUGCAAGUAAAGAUUCAACUGAGAAACUAAGAAUAGAUUAGUGUGAUGGAUAUCUUAGACACAUGUUUUUUCUUCCUAAAUUUCUCUGUUCAUAUUGAAUCACAUGUUAAAUAUUUUUUUUUCUAUAAAAAAAAAA